AUGAGUGCCACAACGCCUCGCUCCAAGUCAGAGGGGAAAUAUGCCAAUCCGACUAUUCGAAUCUUUGUUGGAAGAAAGAGACAACUGUUCCAUGUCCACUAUGCAUUCCUCGAAAAGACCGAUUUUUUCAAGGUUCAUGGGGACCCUACAUUUCCUACGGGCACCACGCCGACACCGACACGGACACCAACUCGAGCAUCAACCCAUGCGGGGAGGUCUUUGGAUUCACCAAUGCGAAGUGAACACACUGUGACGCCAGAUCGAGGUAACAUCAAAGAAGAGCAGGACUUUGAGGAUGACACAUAUGGAAACAACGGCGAAAAUAAUGGUGCUUCUCCAGCAGGUGCCAGCGAUGCUGUCACGGCGCCGGCUUACCUGCUUCAGGGUCUGAUAUACGAACCUGAGGCUUUCGAGGUCGUUGUCAAUUACCUGUACAAUGAGCCACCGGACAUACCUACUACUGGGACCGAGUGUACAAUACUGAUGAAGGCAUACAUCCUGGCGCUCCACUACCGCAUGCCGGGUCUUCAAGAUGAUGUGGUCGACUGUUUUCGAAAAUACCAUGCGGAAUACGACGUCAAGUUUGCCCACCUUUUCUGGAUCUCUGGGCGCGUCGGUGAGGGCGAUGCUAUGUGCAAGGUGCCCUUGAUCCAGUACCUCGUUGACCAGAUUGCUUUCGAGAUCUUCCGGAGAGGGUACGAUAACUUUGUCCAGAGCAACACUGACUUUGAAGUCUUUCUCACAAAAAGCGAUCGUCCUCUGCGCAAGGAACUCUUCAAAGCUAUGGCCAAAGUUGCGGAGGAGAAGGAACCCUUGGACCCUGCGCUCGGAACCCAUCGCUGGAGAGUUGACGACUACCCUAAAUUUGAGCGUGGCGACGACGCUUCUCCGACGUCCCUCGAAAUCAUUGAUCUCGACUGA